AUGACGAGUUACCGUAGCAACCAGCAGAAUGCUCCAACUGCCUUUAAUCUAAGUAGUGACAUCACUCUGUCUCCGCCCCUUUCUGUCAGGUGUAAGGCAGUGAUUGACAGCCGCGGACAGCGAAUCAGCUGCAGCCAUUUCGUGGUGGAGGAUGGCUACGUGACACCGGACAGGAAGCGGCAGGCCACGCCCACCAGGUGUAUCUCCAGAGCUGUUCUGAUAACUGACGGAUCCAUUCUGCCCACUGACUCUGACCAACAGGUUUCCAUGGUAACGGUUCCUCCAAUAGAAGCGGGCUCUCCGGCGGUGAAGAUGGUGGAGCUCUGUCCGUCCACGAUGACCUGCAUGCCGGGAACAUAUUUGGUUCAUCUCACCUGUCAGUCAGUUGGCUCCGCCUACGAGGACCUGUCACCCCUGGUUACCAGGAUGUUCUGCACGCCGGAGUCACAUGACCAAGGGCGUCCGUCUGUCCUCUGGUGUCUCUACUUCAACAUGGCCGACGGCGCCGCCAUGGAGGUCAAAGGUCACGACCUGCCGUCCAACGUCUAUGUUUGUUCAGGACCCGACGCUGAGCUGGGCCAUGAACGCACAAUCACACAGGCUGAGUCCAUCUUCAGUCUGAUCCUCCCUGAGGAGGAGUUCUGUCCUCCUGCUCCCAACCCUGAAGACAUCAUCUAUGAUGGAGAAAACACCUCCUCCUCAGCCGGGGGGGAGGGAGGGGAGAGAGGAGAGGAGGAGCUGAAGGAGGAGGAGGUGCAGGAGGAGGUGCAGGAGGGGGAGCUGAAGGAGAAGGAGGUGCAGGAGGAGGAGCUGAAGGAGGUGCAGGAGGAGGAGGAGGUUCUUCAGACUGAGGAGUAACAAACUAAAGUGUCUAAAUACAAAUGCCAAACCCUCCUGCAGUGCAUUGUGGGUGACAGUUGCCUUCAGUUUAUUUUAUUUUUUUAUGUUUAUUUAAACGUUUAAAUAUGAAAUCAUUAAAAGCUUCAAC